UUAGUAGUAUCUAAGAUGGCAAAUAAUGAAGGGACCACAAGCUCCAAUGUGCAAUCGAGUGAAAUGAUACCUGUUCCAAUUCUUGAGAAAGGAGUUUUUCGUUUUGAUUGUUCAGUGGAUGAUAGAAAUAAUGCAUUACCGAGCAUUUCAUUCAAAAAUCCAAAAUGCAGAGACACACCGAUUACGAACAGUGAUCUACACCCAACCUACACUCCUACAUUUGAAUGUGUUGAGGAAGAACAAAGAGUCAAUAUUGAGUUGCCGUAUGGCACCUCUUUUUAUGGAACUGGCGAAGUUAGUGGGCAGCUGGAGCGAACCGGAAAGAUAAUUUCUACUUGGAAUACUGAUGCAUACGACUAUACUGAGGAGACAACUUCCUUGUAUCAAUCCCAUCCUUGGGUACUAGCGGUUCUCCCUGAUGGAAAAGCAUUAGGGGUUCUUGCAGAUACUACAAGACGAUGCAAGAUUGACUUGAGUAAGGAAUCAAAUAUAAAGAUAAUUGCUCCAAUAUCAUAUCCUUUGAUCACAUUUGGUCCGUUUGGUUCACCAGCAGAUGCUCUCAUGUCUUUCUCCCGUGCUGUUGGUACUGUUUUUAUGCCACCCAAAUGGUCAUUAGGCUAUCAACAAUCUCGUUGGAGCUAUUAUUCUGAUCCAGAAGUUCGCGAGAUUGCAAGGAAAUUUCGUGAAAAAAAAAUACCUUGUGAUGUCAUAUGGAUGGAUAUAGAUUACAUGGAUGGUUAUCGAUGUUUCACAUUUGAUAAGUACCGGUUCUCGGAUCCGAAGUCUCUUGCAAGCUAUCUUAAUCAAAAUGGUUUCAAAGCAAACUGGAUGCUUGACCCAGGGAUCAAAUGUGAAGAUGGCUAUUUCGUCUACGACACUGGUUCUAAAAGAAAGAUAUGGACUCAAACUUCUUCCGGGGAGCUGUUUGUAGGUAAGGUGUGGCCUGGAGAUUGUGUAUUUCCCGACUUCACAACAUCAGAAGCCCGUUCAUGGUGGGCUAGUCUUGUCAAGGACUUUGUUACUAAUGGUGUGGAUGGUUUAUGGAAUGAUAUGAACGAACCGGCUGUUUGGAAGACUGAAAAUAAUACAAUGCCUGAGAGCAAUAUUCAUAGGGGAGAUCCAGAAUAUGGAGGCGAACAGAACCAUUCACACUAUCACAAUGUUUAUGGAAUGCUGAUGGCAAGAUCAACAUAUGAAGGCAUGAAACUAGCUAAUAAAAAUAAACGUCCAUUUGUCCUUUCUCGAGCUGGGUUUGUGGGAAGCCAAAGGUAUGCUGCUACAUGGACAGGAGAUAAUAGGUCUAAUUGGGAGCAUCUUCAAAUGAGUAUCCCUAUGGUUCUUAAUCUGGGGCUUAGUGGACAGCCAUUUUCGGGGCCAGAUAUUGGGGGAUUUAUUGGGAAUGCAACACCAAAGCUGUUUGGAAGGUGGAUGGGUGUGGGUGCCAUGCUUCCUUUUUGUCGUGGGCAUUCUUAUAAUUUAAGCAGUCGUCAUGAGCCUUGGUCCUUCGGAGAAGAGUGUGAAGAAGUUUGUCGAUUGGCAUUGAAGAGGCAAUAUAGGCUUUUACCUCACAUAUAUAAUCUGUUUUACUUGGCACAUACACGGGGUAUCCCAGUGGCAACUCCAACCUUUUUUGCUGAUCCCAAAGAUAUGGAGUUAAGAAAACAAGAUAAUUCAUUCUUGUUGGGACCAGUUCUUGUAUACGCCAGCACCAGCGAUGAUACUGCAUCAAAUCAACUGCAGCACAAGAUGCCUAAAGGAAUAUGGAUUAGUUUUCAUUCUAAUGAUUGUCAUCAGGAUUUGCCAACCCUGUACCUAAAAGGAGGAUCCAUCAUUCCUUUGGCUCCUCCUUAUCAAAAUGUUGGUGAAGCUAAACGUGAAGAUGACAUAACUCUGCUGGUGGCUUUGGAUGAACAUGAUAAAGCUGAAGGUUUUCUCUAUGAAGAUGCUGGGGAUGGAUAUGAAUACCUUGAUGGAAAAUACUUGUUGACAAAAUAUGUUGCUGAAAAGCAGUCUUCCACGGUAACCAUAAAAGUUUCGGAAACUGAAGGGUCUUGGGGGAGACCAAAGCGCCACUUAAACGUGAUAUUACUGAUUUGCACUGGUUCUGUGCUUUGUGCAUGGGGUAUUGAUGGGGAGUUUGUGCAAAUUCGGCUUGAAGAAAGUGCAUAAAGGUUGGUUUCAGCUGGAAGUUGACCGUCUGAAGUCUGAACUGAAGCCAUUCUUUGGAAGACAAGAAAAUGCGUCCAAUAAUUAUGUCCGAUUUCAUAUUUUGUUUUCCAUUACUGCAUGUGUGUACAAUAAAUUUUAUAUAUGAAAUAAUUCUGGUUUGUAAUAAGGGUAUAACCCCCCCC